AUGGAAACAAAACCGAGCUCUUCGAAAACUAACUUGGAAUUUCUCAACGAAAUCGAGACGCGGGAUAUGUACGCAGAGCCCAAGCACUACGUCUUCCUGGCCUGGCCACUCAAAACAAUGCUCACCGAUGCCGCUAUGGCGAAGUGCUUCGCUGACAUUAUUCAGCCAUCCAAGCCGGACACAUUUCUCUGUCACUGGGUGAAUGAGGAGUAUCUCAAGCAUUUUGCGUGGAAAGAGAAGACCCUAUCGCCAUGGGAAGACAGCCCAAAGCUGGUAAUGCUUCUCACACGCCUGGAAGCCGCUCGACUUGGGGGUUGGUGUCAGCAUCAAAAUGUCUCCAAGGCACCUGGAUUCGAGGCGUACACUCCAAGAUUAGUUAAAGAGUUCCAGGAGAUGGCGGAGGCUAAAUAUGGCAUAACCGGUGGUAACAGGGCCCUGUACUUGGGUCUUGGCGUACUCUCGUACGAAGUUGGAGGUGAUCAGUACAAAUGGCCACGACAUUUCCUGGGAUGCCCGCAGGAAUUGGGCGUAACGUGGACAUCAUCGGGCUGUCAGUUCUGGAGAAAGGAGGCUCCCCAACAGACUCGACUGACGCAGAUGCUACUCCAGGAGCACAAUCUGAAGCCCUCAAAUACGGGACUUUCGGCUGCGCAGCAGACUCAAGGCCAGGCCAUCUCCGGGAACAUACAAUCUGACAUGGCCAAUUUAAGAAAAGGGCUUCCUUCGCCUUCGGCAGUCUUACCGAGGGUACUGGACCUCAACGUCCACGGUGAGAACGGCCAAACACAGAUGCCUAUGCAUCUUGGUAUCAUACAACACGGACUCCAGCAGACAUUCCCCGCGAUUUCAGUUGGUCAGCAAAUCACCAUCGAUCAGCCAAGAGGCCUGAAGCGGGAGAGAGACAAGAUGGUGACGGGGAUCAAGGCAAAGCCUGGUCAUGAGGAAGCACAGGACCCUCCUCGAAAACGCCGUGAGAUUUGA